AAGCAGAGCUAACAGAACGAAGCAAGGAAAAUAAAAAAAACAAUUACGGAACAAAGAAAACGCCCACAUACAUGUGUGAAGCUCUCAAGAACAGCUACCGACUGUUCGAGGAGAUCGGCCGCGGCAAGUUCGGCGCAGUCUUCCGCUGCUUCUCCCCGAUCAAGGACGAGUUCUAUGCGUGCAAGAUCAUUGACAAGAGCGUCCUCGUAGAUCCGACGGACCGCGAGUGCCUCGACAAUGAGCCCAAGGUCAUGACCCUGCUGUCUCCCCACCCCAACAUUGUCCAGGUCUUCGACGUGUUCGACUCGGAGGAUUCCCUCUGCAUGGUCACCGAGCUCUGCGAGACGGAGACCCUCUACGACCGCGUGGUCCACCGCAUUUUCUCAGAGGCUGAGGCAGCUUUGGUCGCGAAGCAGCUCUUGCAGGCUCUAGCGCACUGCCACAGGCUUGGGGUCGUCCACCGGGACAUAAAGCCGGAGAACCUGCUGUUUGACGCACUCGGUAACCUCAAACUGGCAGACUUCGGGUCCGCUGUCUGGUCCCAGGGAGGGCAGCCGAUCGAGGGGAUUGUUGGCACGCCCUAUUAUGUGGCUCCGGAGGUCUUGAUGGGGAGGAUGUACCGUGAUAAGGUCGACGUGUGGAGCGCCGGUGUGAUCUUGUACAUAAUGCUUUCCGGGGUUCCUCCCUUUUACGGCGAGUCGGCUGAGACAAUUUUCGAGGCGGUGGUGAGAGGGAACCUGAGGUUCCCGCCAAAGCUCUUCAGAUCGAUCUCGCCAGAGGCUAAGGAUUUGAUGCGGAAGAUGAUCUGCCGCGAUGUUUCGAAGAGGAUAUCAGCAGAGCAGGCCCUGAGGCAUCCAUGGAUACUGAGCGGAGGAGAAACAAGUCCACUGCCUGAUGGAACCUGAAAAUGGCACUGCCCCCAGCAUCAGCAAAUCAGUUUUUUUUUUUUUUUUUUUUUUUUCCCCCAGCACAUUCCUCUUUUCUUUUUGGGGUCUCUGACUGUAAAUAUUGCUGCUGUUUCUGUGGACUCUAUCGAAGAGGCUUAUAUUUACAGAUGGAUCUUUAUGUGUUUAUAUGGAGAAUCUGAGACUGUAGAUACAUAUAGUAGUGACUGGUGACUUAUCUUACCUUGUUAUGUUACAUAUGAGUGUUCCUUUAGCCAUGUAGUCUUAAAUCCUUAUCCCGAGUGAAUGAAUCUCUUUACCCCGGUGCA